ACCAGGGCGUGGAAGGCACGCUUUCCCAUACUUCAAUUUCCUGGCACCGUCAUUGACCCAGAAUGCGUUGCCUUGUUCACUCGUUGUUGUGAUCUGUCGCCUAGCUCAAGUGCUGACUCUCUUCCUUUCCUUGUUGCCGUCGUCGCUGUCGUCACUUCUCAAGCCCUCAUCGUGCGACUGAGAUCAUCAUUUCUCGCUGAUGUGAUAGACGAGUCUCCUCGAGCACUCCAUUCGGUCAUUCGCUCACCGACGAAAUCCUUCACACUACCGAUAUGUUUACGAAUGCCAGCAUCAAUCCGGCCCCUUCAAAUUUCGGCCAACGACCAUAUCGUGCAAGGGGACAACCACCUACGAAACGUGCCAAGGGCAAUCCCAUCAUCACCAGAUAUCCACCACCUCCAGGUUACCAAGCUCCCACGCAGCCACUGCCAUCGGUAGCCCCGUCUACCUGGCAGCCGAUCAAUCAUCAUGAAACGAGUUAUAAUGCGACUUACCCCAGCGAUUAUCCUUCGGCGACAUAUGAUCAAUCUCAGCCGAUGCUCGAUGCUAGCAGUACAACGCUGGCAACCACGCUUCAUCAGCACUCACAUUCUGUGCAGACCUUGCCGCCCACGUCACUACCCUGCGACGAGCCUGCGGAAUGGCAGGACCCGCUGUCGGCCUCUCACAUGAAUUCAUCCGCCGUCUGGGUGCCCCCAACGCAAUUCGCUGGCCGAAAAUUUCGCCGACAGAAUUCAGUUCCCUAUCUGGUCGUACCAUCGUCAGGACCACUGCUCGACGGGAACGGGGAGCUCAUGUCGCCAUUGGAGGCAGAAGACGACAGUGCAGCAAUCCUUGAAGAUGAUUACGAUGGCGAGUGUUACUUCUCAAGACAUCCUGACGAGAUCGAUCCCAAUCUGAGCCUGGGUCUGAUUGAGUGGAAAGCGCCACAAUCGACUGUCUUAGCAAUCCCAACUGCUCUCGAACUCGCAGAUCUGGCGACACCAGAGACCGCCCCAAUGGAUUUAUCGGAGGAGAGUGAUUCAGUAUCCCAUUAUUUCGCUCGUUCCAAGAAGCAUGAAGUCCUCCUCGGCGUUCGACAAACCGAGGCCUGGCACGAGAUGAAGGAUGACUUGAUAUUUCGACAAUUUUCUAAUUUCUGCUCAAGGUUAGUUUCCUUUGCAGAAUUGCAGGCAAGGUAUCGUCGUCGCUACGACCAAGAGUGGGCAGACGGUGAUCAUCUCUCCGUAUACACCCAAGACUUCGGCUACGCGCAGCCUCCAAGCCGGGAAGCUACUCCCAGCGUCAGCGAUCACAUGGACAUUGAUGAGACACAUGUUCAGCCCGCACAUUUCCGAAGUCAAUCAAUGGAGCCUCGAUCAGAAAAUCCUGGCCACCCAGUACAUACGAGACCCCGUCCAAGCCACACACGAACUCAGUCUGUCACGCAUGCAAGAACCCAGCAAACCAACCAUUCCCGAGCUCAAUCUAUAAAUCACUCUCGACCACAACACAUGACUCAUUCGCGAUCCAACUCAACCACAUCGCAACGAGUCGGACAUACUACCACCAGCAAACUGACUCGACCCAAGCCACUCCCGCUGGUACACGAUCAAGCUCAAGAAGACAUCCUCGCCGCCCUAGGCGUGACCGGGUCUGCACAACAAGUCUAUGAAACCCCCGGACCAGCAUUUGGCCCUCCGCCUCCGGAGAAGGGCAGCAAACUCCACAGCCGCACCAACUCAAUGAGUAGCACUCACAGCAACACCAGCCAGACCUACCGCUUCCCGGCCCAACGCGGGCCCUCCGCCCCUCCGACCUCCCAAUCCAGCCACACCCACGACCGCUGGUCCUCAUCCACGGGAUCCUCCUUCAACGCCGCCGCCGCCCCCUUCGCCACACCGACGCACACGCGCGUGCCCGCCGCCCGGGGCCCGGAUUUCUCCCCCAUCACCGAAGACGACUUCACACCGCGUCCGAAAUACCCUCCCACGAUGAUGGCGAACGCACAGAAUCGCGGCGGGCCCGGCGCCGAGACCACCCGCAAGCGCAGCUACGCCGACUCCCUGCUCAGCGGCAACGGUGGUAGUGCGGCGGAUUCCGCCCGCGCCCUCGAUGGAGAGGGAGAGGCCUUCGGCGAGGAGGACGGCGGUUUGCGUCGUCGUCGGGACGAGGCGGAGGAGGAAGAAGAGAGUGCGACGCCGAAGCCGAGGAAGCAGUUGCGUGUUUGAAAUGUCAAAGACGCCUUGGAGUUUGACAUCGCAUGAGACUGGCUUGGUUUUCGACUUGCUGCCGUUCGCCGGCAUCUUUCCUCUUCCUUGCUCUCUCUC